GCUCAUUCUCAAGACACCGCAACCGCGGACCACUGGAACCCCGACACCAUGGACCCCACUUGUCCCCUCGGACUAUUGCUACUGCAGCUGCUACUGAUGAGAAAUGCGCUGGGCGACACUGCUCCGGCGCCACAAGGAAACAAAGCCUCGGAGAUCUGCCUUCUGCCCCAGGAGGUAGGGCCCUGCCGGGCUCGGAUCCCCAGCUACUACUACGAUAGGUACACGCAGAGCUGCCGCCAGUUCAUGUACGGGGGCUGCGAGGGCAAUGCCAACAAUUUUGAAACUUGGUCAGCCUGCAAUGAAGCUUGCUGGAGGAUAGAGAAAGUUCCCAAAAUCUGCCGGUUGGAAGUCAGUGAGGGACCAUGUGGAGAGUCCAGAGAAGAAUAUUUCUUCAAUUUAAGUUCUAUGACAUGUGAAAAAUUCAUGGCUGGUGGGUGCCACAGCAAUGAGAAUCGCUUCCCAGAUGAAGCUACUUGUAUGGGCUUCUGUGCACCAAAGAAAGGUCCAUCAUUUUGCUAUUUCCCAAAAGAUGAGGGACUAUGCUCUGCUAAUGUGACUCGCUAUUAUUUUAAUCCAAGACACAGAGCCUGUCAGGCCUUCACCUACACUGGCUGUGGAGGGAAUGACAAUAACUUUGUUAACAUGAAGGAUUGCAAACACGUUUGUGCAAAAGCCCUGAAGAAGAAAAAGAUUAAGAAGAUGACAAGGCUUCUGUUAGCCAAUAGAAGUCUAAAAAUUCGGAAGAAGCAAUUUUAACUCUUUUGUUCUCUUUAUCAUGUGAAUGUUAUUGUGUCUGUGGUACAGUUGAUGAAUAUACUA